UGUCAAUGCCAUAUAUACAAUUUGACAGUUCUUAUUACUAUUGUUUAUUUACAUUCAUAUUAACGCAUUCUGUUUUCAAACCCAUAUCGGCUUAAUAUAAAUUAAAAUGGCUAUACCAAAAUCUGAGAAGAAAGUUAGAGACAUUAUGAAAGCGGACGAAAUGUGGAAAUCCUUAAUACGAACCGAAGAUGCAUCCAACAAAUUAUGGGAUAACAAUUGGGGCUGGAUACUAGAGGAAUACGCGUGUUUGGAAAAAGCUCUAAAAGAAAAAACUGAGAAUUCGGAGUAUUUAACACACGUUCUGGAAGAAAAGAAAGAAGAUAAUAGACAACUCACUAAUUUUCCGAAUUCUACAAAUCACGUGUAUGGUUGGCUAGCCGUUCAAAAGGGAUUUGAGUUGGAUAAAUACGGACCAGAUAUGUUUAAAGCCAAACCUUUACCAGACAUCUAUUCCGUACCAAAACAAUAGCUACAGAAAAUAUAUAUCAAAUAGUUGAAUUA